AUGCUGGUCUAUCUAUCUAUCUAUCUAUCUAUCUAUCUAUGUUCAAAUACCAUUCAUAAUCUAUCUAUCUAUCUAUCUAUCUAUCUAUCUCAGAUUGCUUCUUUCUUUCUAUCUCAGAUCUUUUUAUCUAUCUAUCUAUCUAUCUAUCUAUCUAUCUAUCUCAGAUUGCUUCUAUCUAUCUAUCUAUCUAUCUCAGAUUAUUUUUUCUUUCUUUCUAUUUCAGAUUGCUGCUAUCUAUCUAUCUAUCUAUCUAUCUAUCUAUCUAUCUAUCUAUCUAUCUAUCUAUCUAUCUAUCUAUCUCAGAUUGCUUCUAUCUAUCUAUCUAUCUAUCUAUCUAUCUAUCUCAGAUCACAUCUAUCUAUCUAUCUAUCUAUCUAUCUAUCUAUCUAUCUAUCUAUCUAUCUAUCUCAGAUUAUUUCUUUCUUUCUUUCUAUUUCAGAUUGCUUCUAUCUAUCUAUCUAUCUAUCUAUCUAUCUAUCUAUCUCAGAUCACUUCUAUCUAUCUAUCUAUCUAUCUAUCUAUCACAGAUUGCUUCUUUCUUUCUUUCUUUCUAUCUGUCUAUCUAUCUAUCUCAGAUUCUUUCUAUCUAUCUAUCUAUCUAUCUAUCUCAGAUUAUUUCUUUCUUUCUAUUUCAGAUUGCUUCUAUCUAUCUAUCUAUCUAUCUCAGAUUAUUUCUAUCUAUCUAGCUAUCUAUCUAUCUAUCUAUCUCAGAUUUUUUUCUUUCUUUCUAUUUCAAAUUUCUAUCUAUUAUCUAUCUAUCUAUCUAUCUAUCUAUCUAUCUAUCUAUCUAUCUAUCUAUCUAUCAGAUUAUUUCUUUCUUUCUUUCUUUCUUUCUAUUUCAGAUUAUCAUUCAUCUAUCUAUCUCAGAUUGCUUCUUUCUUUAUUUCUAUCUAUCUAUCUAUCUAUCUAUCUAUCUAUCUAUCUAUCUAUCUAUCUCAGAUUGCUUCUAUCUAUCUAUCUAUCUAUCUAUCUAUCUAUCUAUCUCAGAUCACUUCUAUCUAUCUAUCUAUCUAUCUAUCUAUCUCAGAUUUUUCUUUCUUUCUAUUUCAAAUUGCUUCUAUCUAUCUAUCUUUCUAUCUAUCUAUCUCAUAA